CUGGCCCAUGGAGCAGGCUGUGCCAACCUCGAAGAUCCUUGUCAGUCUGGACUAUCGUGUGUUCUAAACUACAACAACUUUGCACCAAAAUGUCUGUGUGAUCCUAUUGGUAGUUCGUACUGGAAUGGACUUUCCUGUCAAAGUGUUGACUGGUUUACUGCGUCGGAAAGGGUGAGCACAAGAGGACCCAACCUGAUAAACUUCAUCUGGACUGUAACCCCCGAAGGAUUUGUAAAUAACUACCAGGUGGUCACCCAGUCCAGUCUACAGUCUUGUUUACAAGUACAGGACAGCAAAAGUGAGCCAGGGAGCUCCAUUGGUGUUUCAUUUACAGGGCUCAGAGCUGGGGUGAAAUAUUUGUCCACUCUGACCCUGGUACUGACCGCGACAACUGACUACCC